UUAUCUGUGUCAAAUAUGGCCACGUCUAGACUGGAGAUCAAUUUUAUCCGAUUAUUAUCACGCUGUGAGUCUUUGGCUUCAGAAAAAAGAGGCGAAACGGAAUGGAGACUCGAGAAGUAUGUUGGUGCGCUGGAAGAAAUGCUUGUGGCUUUAAAGAAGAGUCCCAGCAAACCAAUGCCGGAAAUACUGACAGAUUACACCCGCAAAGUGGACUUCCUCAAGGGUCUCCUGGAGGCUGAAAGACUGCCGUCUCCAGCAGAGAAAUCUUUAGCCAAUCAGUUUCUGGCUCCUGGACGCACGCCAACCAUAUCCAGUGAGAGAACACCAGCCAGCAAGACAGUUCAUAUACAGAGCAAAGCACGAUGUGCUGAAGAGAUGAAGAAGGAACUGAUGAGCAAAGGGGGUUCAAAUUCUGGUUCAUUUGAUUCCGAUCUGAGACACAGAAGGAGCCUCCCUGUGGAUGAGCGACAGUCCGCCACCGAGCUGGAUGCGAUUCUUCAACACCAUCACAACCUGCAGGAGAAACUGGCUGAAGAUAUGUUAAACCUUGCACGCAACCUGAAGAACAACACGCUCGCUGCUCAGAACAUCAUUAAACAAGACAACCAGACACUGACUCAGUCCAUGCGACAGGCCGACAUGAACUUCGAAAAGCUCAAGACGGAAUCCGAGCGCCUGGAGCAACACACCAAAAAAUCCGUCAACUGGUUUCUGUGGUUGAUGCUUAUAGUCGUCUCCUUUACUUUUAUAAGCAUGAUCUUAUUUAUAAGACUAUUCCCGAGACUCAGAUGAUGUUCAGCAUUAGAAUAGACUAGAUUUAUUUUAUCUUCAGUAGCGGAUUUACAGAUAGACACUAGCCAAGGUCUGAUAUAGCUGCAAAUGCAGCUGUUAUCAGAUUAUUAGCUGACACCCUCCGUUUUUGUUCCCAAGAAAUUUACAUUGUUUCCUGCAUGCCAUUGUGAUUCAUAUUGUGAUGCUCAACAAAUUCAGGUAUCUCAAUUCAUAUCUGCACACAUCAUUUGCUAUUAAAUAUCCAUAUUUGUCAUUUUCCCAUGUACAGUGGAUAUGUAAACCGACCGUGGCUCUAUUCUGAUGCUUGUGAGCUGUUUUAAGGUCCGGGUAGGCUUGUCCAGGCCUGCUGUGUCAAUCAGCUAUACAGGAAGAGUUCUGGCAAGCAUAGGGAAGUAUUUUUGCUGAUUGGAGGCACACUCGACUCGGAUAGGAAAGGCGGAUACAGAACGGCCUCGGGGAACUCAGCUGGAAAAUAAAUGCCCCAUAUUUAGCUGUCUGGUUACUUAAAGAUCUAUUUGUGCCUGCGGUUCCCUAUAUAGCACAAAGCCCUGCACAGUAUUAAGAAUUGCUCAGAUAUGGUGAUCAAUCAUGUCAUUGGUUAACGUCUGUGUUUAUUGAGCGUUUGGUCUAUUGAUGGGUCUAAAUGUGUUGUUUUCUGUGUACUGGCAAUGAUUGUGCGUUGUGCGUUGCUCAUGUUGGUUUUGAUUGUUCCACCUGACCACAGAAUAGCCAUUAUUGUUUUCCCCUUCGAAUGGGUUCCCGAUGAAGUGGUAAUGAAAGUUAUUUAUGAGACUAAAACAUAGGAGUGUGUUAUUUAAAUAAAAUAAUUUGCAAUCCA